UGCGGCUCUGUCUGGCCUCCAGUUUGAGCACAAGAGCAAAUCAUUCCGCGCAGGGGAAGUAGGAAAAUUGUAUUAUUAGUAAAACAAUGCAAGUCAUAUAUAGAAUUAAGUGCUUUAAUAACCAAGUGAAAAUUUAAGUAAAGAGAACACAGAAAUACUUUGUUACAAAGUUAAAAUUAUGGAAUGUUUCGAAAAUGUUCUUUUGAAUUUUGUUGUCACCUCCCCUUGCGUGGAACGUUACAUUACAGAAAUACAUCCCAUUCUGUACUGUGUGGUCUGAGCUAAGCUAACUAAAUUUUGCCGUUUUGGAGUACAUUUUCACUUCUUGUCUUGCUCGGGAUAAUUACCAUGUCGGUGGCUUUCGCGGCUCACAGACAACGGGGAAAGGGUGAUAUAACACCCGCGGCUAUACAGAAGCUGCUUGAUGAGAACAACCAGUUAAUUCAGUGUAUAAUGGACUUCCAAAGCAAAGGAAAAACUGCAGAAUGUUCACAGUAUCAGCAGAUGCUGCACAGAAAUCUGGUGUACCUGGCUACGAUAGCGGACUCGAAUCAGAACAUGCAGUCGCUGCUGCCUGCCCCGCCCACACAGAGCAUGCCCAUGGGGCCGGGCGCGAUGACUCAGAGCGGGGCCCCCCAGCCCCCCCACGGCCACAGCAUGGCCACUGAGGGGAUGGUCAGCGGCGGGCCCCCCGCCCCGCACAUGCAGAGCCAGAUGAACGGACAGAUGCCUGGGCCCAACCACAUGCCCAUGCAGGGCCCCAGCCAGCCCCCCAGCAUGCAGCCCGGCGGCAUGACCGUGGCCCCCAGCAGCCACGGGUCCAUGGGCGGGUACAGCCACGCCGUGCCCUCCUCCCAGGGCAUGCCCGCCCAGGGCCAGAUCAACAUGACGCAGGGGCAGCCCAUGGGCAGCUACGGGCCGCGGCCCAACAUGAACAUGCAGCCCAGCCAAGGUCCCAUGAUGCACCAGCAGCCCCCCACCCAGCAGUACAGCAUGCCCCCGGGGGGCGCACAGCACUACCAGGGCCAGCAGAACCCCAUGGGCAUGAUGGGACAGGUCAGCCAGGGGAACCACGUGAUGGGACAGAGGCCCAUGCCUCCGUACAGACCCCCUCAGCAAGGACCCCCUCAGCAGUACCCAGGACAGGAAGACUACUACGGGGAGCAGUACAGUCACGGAGGACAAGGAGCGCCAGAAGGUCAUAAUGAUUACGGUUUUCAACAACCAUCGUAUCCUGAUCAGGGCUACGAUAGGCCUUAUGAGGAGUCCUCACAACAGUACUACGAAGGAGGUAACUCCCAGUACGCACAGCAGCAGGAGGCCUACCAGCAAGGCCCCCCCCAGCCACAGGGAUACCCCCCACAGCAGCAGCAGUAUCCAGGGCAACAGGGCUACCCCGGGCAACAGCAGGGAUAUGGUCCCUCCCAGGGCGGGCCGGGGCAGUACCCUAACUACCCCCAGGGGCAGGGGCAGCAGUACGCGGGCUACAGGGCGCCCCAGCCCGGCCCCCCCCAGGGCCAGCAGCAGCGGUCCUACGGCUACGACCAGGCCCUCAUGAGGAAUUAAGGAGCGAUUUUUUCACCCCUCCCCUGACUAGAUCUGUAUGGCCUGAAGGGGCAGUAUGGCAGUUACCAGCAGUGAGGCAAAGGCUCCAUUCCACAUGUAAGGCAUCCGGCCAUCCCCAGCCUCCCCUCAGGGCUGGAGUGAGUCUGGGAACGAGGAUCACUCAUUCGUCCCUUUUCUCUUCCAUUAGGGCAUAAUGAACACUGCUGAUCACCCCCACCCCCCACUUUCUCUCUCUCUCUCUCUCUCACACGUACACACACACACACACGUACACACGCACACACACACGCACACACACACACACACACAUGCACACACACACGUACACACACACACACACACACACACACACACACGUACACACACACACACACACACACACACACACACGUACACACACACACACACGCACACACACACACGUACACACACACGCACACAGACUCUGCAUAUAUCAAGGCAUCUGCUCUUCUCAACUCUGCCUAAGUAUCUGGUCAGGGCUCAGGUGGUGAACGUGGACCGGUGUAGAAAAUGUCAGAUUCACUGGUUGUCACGGUCGCCCCCCAGUGAUGCUGGUCUCGAACCUGUUCCCCGUAUGAAAUACUUUUCUUUUUAACAUGAAAAUGGAUAUGAUCUCGCCCUCCCACCACCUCAGAUUUACAAGCGUGUUGCUCAUGGCUUUUGGACUCUGUUUGGGCUCAUUCUAACGGUAGUGAUGCCUUAAACCUGCAUCGUCGCAAAUUAAUAAACGAUUAAAAAUAUAAUACCGAUAUCCGGAGAUGUGUCUGAAAGAGCACAUGGCCGUAUUUCCAUGCGUUGCAGAUUGAGACACGUGUGGCGACCGAUUUUUUAAAAUUUUAUUUUCGGAAACAAAGUGACCCUACUAAUCAUAGUGCAAUGUUCAUUUUGUUGUGUUUAUGAAGCAAUAACAGAAUGAGAGGAGGAACGAGGGGUCUUACGGUAUAUCAUGAUGCGUUACGGUCUCUUACGAUGGCCAUUAAUAUAAGGGUCAAAAAUAUUAAUGGGUGUACAAAUGUAUUUUUAUGCUUUUAGGGUAGAAACAAACUUGUAUAGAUUAGACCUUUUUGUUUUGUUUUUGUUUUCUCAAUGGGAGCCAGUUUGACCUGUGACCUUUGUCUUUUUGUUUUGUUUGUUUGUUUUUUUUUGUUUUUUUUCCUGUGUAAUCUUUUUAAUUUUGUGUUGUUGUUUUUUUUUUUUGUAUGCUCAAUAACUGCAAUGGCUUCUAUGAUGUGAAUGCAGGGGUAGAAAAGCCAUAUGUUUUAUGGUUGUACGUGUAAAAAAUGCUCCAAGAGAGAGAAUUCAUUCAGUUGCUAAAAAGCUCAGAAGUUGCUAAUGCGAUGUAAAAUAAUGAUGCUGAGAAGCUGGAGACUGCAUUCGGAGCACACAGCUUGCUCCAGGCAGCGCUAGACAUUUUUUAAAAUUUCUUUUUAUUAAUUUCCUGACCAGAGCAACAGCACUGUCAUGUCCUUGUUACUUUUUUUUUUUUUUUUUAAAUGAUCAUUAUUCCAUUCACUCUGUCCUUAUGAAAAUGUAAACUUUUUGAACUCAGUGAAGACUAAUUUACAGACACGGAGUGGAGUUUCUGGAGGGAAGGAUUACCGCCUGCCAUAAACCAUAAACUUUUGUUCUGACUGCACUGCAAAACACUUUGUCAGUAAACAAGUUGUGAAUUCCCUCUGAUUAUAAAGCGUAAAUAUGAAUUGUGCGGGACCUCAUUGAACAAAAUGAGACCGACGCGAGCGUGUGAUUUCAGACUUGUCUACAAAUGAAUACGCAGAAAUGGAACCAUUAAGAACGAAAUGCUCUGUAGUGUUUUGCAGACUAUUGUAGUCAUUGUGCUGGCUUGAACAAUAACACUUAUUUAUACCUGUUCAGUACAGUGCAUACACAGUGAGAUCCUAAGAAUGGUUUUAACUUUUUUUUUUUUUUGUUGUUGAGUGAACUGGAAUGGUUUGUUCGUAGAUGUACAGUUUGAUCUAAAAUAUUGAAAAAUAAUUAUUGUGUCCAAGGCCACCAGCUCUUGUAGGUACCAUGCCAAUGUUUGCCACUGUGUUUUGCGUUACAAUGUAUGUCACUGGAUUUUAGUAUAAAAAAAGUCAAAUAAAUUAUUGUGAUUUUUUCAUACAG